CCGUGGCUCGUGACGGGUUGGGUUCGGUUUGGAUCUGUAGGCAUACAGUCGCACCUCCACCGCCGCCGACAUGUUGCAGUCUCUGAGUGCCGUCCGUCAGAAUAGGGACGUCGUUUAAUAAUUAUUAUCAUUGUCACUAUAAUAUCGUCGUCACGUCGACUGCAGUUCUAUCGUCUCGAAGAAGUGUUUUUCCAUACGUAUUCGGUUUUCCGGUUUUCGCUUUUUCGUCUAUGAAAUCUUGUCUGUCGCGUCCAAAUGAAUAAUGGCCAACACCGCUGCGCCAACCAUGUGUUGUAGUCGUGGGUCCGCAGCGGCGGCCGGUCUGUUGUUUUUGUUGUCGUUGACUUUAAGUCACCAGGUCGCCGCGGACGUCCGGCAUGCCCGGCACAAGAGGACGGUAUCGGAUCUCAUGGAAGGACUCAUGAACGCCAUGUACUUUCACGUGGAUCCGAUGCCUUUGCCGUCCACCGUAAUCGCCCGAAUAACUCAUUUGUCGGCACCCAGCAAAGUUUACAAGUACGUUCCAGUGCAAACAUUAAAGUUAUCAAAACUGCGUGCUCGUCAAAUAGCCGAACCAAAAUUAAGACUAAAAUAUCCGAAAAAAAUUUCAAUAGCUACAGAAGACUCGUCGUUGACAUUGUUGAAAAACGAUCUUCCGUGGACAUUACACCCGCUUCCACCUCCUUUGCCAACGUCCAAAACUAUUAAGCUCGAGAUGGACAAAUCAAUGCCGUGGGCAUUGCACCCACUCCCGCCGCCUGUUAAGACGAAAAAUUAUUCCGAUUACUAUUGGCCGGACUCUAAGACACGGCCAAAGUACUAUUACAGGUCGAAACCGUCGAAGCCAUACCGUUAUAUUACUAAUAAUAACUAUAAAUACAAAAAUCCAAAGGCUCAAGCCAACUUCAAACCGACUUCGGAGUACAGCAAACCCGCCGUCAAUUAUAAGUCCGUCGUCGAUCAUGAUACCAAGCCAGCUGAUUACAAUAGUCACGCCGAUCAUAAGCCCGCAGAUUACAAUAGUCACGUUGAUCAUAAGCCCGCUGAUUACAAUAGUCACGCUGAUGAUCAGCCCGUCGAUUACAACAGCAAUAAUAACAAGCCCGACGACAAUAGUUAUAAUCACGCCGGGUACCCGCCCGAUAGUUUCAAGUACAUCGAUUACAAGCAUACCGAUUACAAGCACAUCGAUUACAAGUCUCCGGACUACAAGUCCGAAUAUCCGAAGCAUGCGAUGGAAGAAGAACCGCACGAAAUCAAUAACGACGACGACCACUACGAUCACAACGACGUUUAUCAUUACUCGCACGACGAUCACUCGGCCCAAAUCAACGAUUCUCCGUCACCGUCGUCACAGCCGCCACCGCCUUCAGCCGAGUACGUGUCGCACAUCACCAUCGAGCCGUCCAUUCAAAUCGCGUCGUUUUCGGAAACGGAACUGCAAGGCGAUGGUUCGAACAGGGAUAGUAGCAGCCUGUCUCAGGUCGAUGCGAAACACAGGUCGUGUCAGUGUACGAUAAACGGACACCGGCACAAACGUGAUGCGGACAACGACGACGACGACCACCACCACGAUGGUCUUCGUCUACCGUGGACAAAGAACGGUACCGCUACGGUAACCAACAUCGACGCUAACGACAAUCGUACUGCGAUCCGGAAGCCAACGGAUUCGAACUCGGCGCAAUCCUCUCGGAACUCGUACUUCGCGCCGCGUAUCGGACACGCCACCGACGUUCAGAUAAUCAAGUCACACGACAUCACCGAACAGUCGAUGAUCAACGGUCCUGCAAACGGCCCUAGUCCUGCGAACGAUCCUAGCCGUGCACACGGUCCUGGUUCUGCAAACGGUCCCGGACUUGCGAACGGUGUGGGUUACGUGCUACGGGUGCGUAACAUGAACAACGACCAUCCAGUAGCACGGCCGCCACCCGUCGAAGCGGAUCUUGGACAGGCGAAAAAGAACGACGCGACCACGUUCAGGGACGAAAGCGACAAGUUCAAAGUGGACUUUGGUCGCGAUAUCAACGCUUGGGACGAGUCAAAAUCGGCUGCCAACAAGCAAGGACGGUACUCGCUGAUAAAACACGACGUAGGAGGUGGAGGCGGAGACGGAAACUCGGGCUUUGGGGACGACUACGGAAACCAACCGUCCAGGGACAGACCAGACACGCGGGGGAGAGGUUAUCACGCCGUUACAAGCAAGGUGGAGAACUCGGAUCGAGGAGUGUCGUUCAGCGUGCAGACUCCUUUUUCCGUUUCCAGUUUCUCAUCGAACGUCCGACAUCCGGAAGAACGUCAGUCCCGGUUUCGUUACACCGGACACAAAUCCGAAUCGUCGGCAUCGCCAUCGCCGGCACCGUUGUUGUCUUCGUUCCGGACCGAAUACGCGGAACCACCGCUGGACUUUGAGCAGUUCGGCUUGAAGUCAGCUCUGGGCGACGAUCAUCCGCUCAGUCCCGAUUUUUCGCGGGACUUGUUCGAAGACAAACAGCCGGAACCCGUAACGAUUGGUCGGCUCUCGUCUCGAUUUCCGGAGAGCUUCGGCGCGGAUAGACGACCCAGUCCCGGGUUCUCGGGUCGAUCGGUCUCGCACUUUUCGAGGGAUUUCGGCCACGACAACGACGACCGGAGUCGUUUGAAAACGUCACUGAAACCGUUCCGGUACAACUCGAAACACGGGCCAUCGCAGUCGGCCGACGAUCUGUUCGACAUCCGGCCAAAGGGUGGACGUCCGUCCAAUGAAGAAUCGGUCUUGGAAUAUUUCCAACCGGUCGUUAUCGAUUUCGACAAGUCAAAGCAGGGCGAUAACGAUUUCAAAUCGUUCGGUGGCAGCAGUAACAGCAACUACGGUGGAAUCGACAAAUCGAGGUACUUCGGUAAAACGGAUACUUCGAUUUUUGCAAAAUUCAAAAAGAAUCAGAACUCCGAUCAGCUUCGUUUGCCCGGCCGUCUGCACGAAUCCAACGAAAACUUGUCGAGGAAAAUGCUUUUACACCCUUCCACGUUCGACAUAGAUUAGCACGAAUGUCUAACUAUUUAUACAUAACAGCAGUGAUAUAGUUUUCCUGCUUGCGCAUAUAACUAUUUAAAUGUGUUUUCGUAUAAACCAUGAUUUACUUACAACCAUCGUUAAAAACCAUGGAAUGCAAUAGGUAUUUAAAAAAAACCAUACUUUGCCAUUAUGCACUCUUUGUGCGUAGGUAAUUAUUAUCAUUAUUAUUACUGUUUUAAGACAAUGUCUGCAUAACCACUCCUAGCACUGUACUAAAAAAUAAUUGAAAUAUUUUUUAUAUAAAUAUUUUUAUAUACAAUAUGAUAUUGAUCGGUUGUUUCAUCUUAUAAGAGCGAAUUUCUUUCUGUGUAAUUAAAUACAGCUCGGUGUGUUUAAAAAGAAAAAAAACACUUUUUGUAGUGAAUACUUUAUUUUAUUUUAUUGUUUAAAAUAAUAUUUAAAUCUGUUAUCGCUAUUAAAUUUAGGGUGCCAUGUAAAAUAAAAUAUUUUUAAUAUUGGAUGAUAAUAAAACGUUUUUAUACACCGUGGUGACAUUUAAAUAUGUUCUGUGAAACGACUAUUAUUUUUAUAAUUUACAGAACGUGGUUUGUGAUUAAUUUGUACACUUAGAGCAUAUACAUAUACAUAUAUAUAUAUAUAAUGUACAAAAAUGAUGCAUGUAUUGAUUUUAAUUACUCUGUUCGUAUAAUAUAGAUUGUAGAUUAUAUAAUAUAUGAUCGUUUAUAUGUUAUGUAAUGAUUUUCUUGAUGGAAUUAUAAAAUAUGUAAUUUAAUUAUAAUAUUAAAUAAAUAAUUUAAUUUAUAUGUAGACGUAUCGACAUUUGAAAAGCUUAAAUUUUCUCUAAAAUUGUUUCAGAAAUAUUUCGUGGUACCUAUACUGAAAACGCAUCAUUUCGACUGCCUAUAAGCUCAAUUGUGAAUAGAUUAUAGAAAAAUAAAACUAUAGAAUAUUA